CCAGGGAUUCCCCACUGCGCUGGAGAUGCAGCAGACCCCCGACUUUUGUUGCCCCUGUGGUGGAUUCUUGGGAUGGAAGCAGAUUCGGCUAGGCGGCAGGAAGUUGAGCAGGAGCUAUAGCGACCUUCGUCUGCUUGGAAGUACGCAUUCCCGCGGCUGGGCAUGGGAGGCUAGCCCAGCUGUAACCCCUUCCAAGGCUAAACCAUUGGAGAUCAAGCAGCCGAAAUCUGAAGCGAGUCUCGCUCCCAUCGAGUUACUUCCACCCGAGAUUCUGGAUCAAAUCAUCUCCAACCUGGCACUCGAUGUGCCCCCCAAUGGCUACACCCCUCGCAAUGUCGACCUCAUCUCCUGCCUCCUCACCUCGCGCACCCUGCACGCCGCCACCCUCGGCGUGCUGUACCGGAACAUGACCUUCCCCCAUUCCGUCAUCUUCUCCAAGGCCCUCAGCCACAUGUCCCAGUACCCGGCCCUCGGCACCCUCGUCCGUCGCCUGGACUUCUCCCACUUCACCUCCGUCGGCCUGGGCCGCACCAAGCAGAUGAACAUCGAGAUCCAGAACCUGACUUCCACCACCCUCCUCAAGUGCCUCGACCUUCUUCCGAACCUGAGGGAAUGUCUGCUCCAGGAACACAUCGAAGGGGACAUCAGCGCCGACAUCGUCCACAAACUCUUCACCGGCCUUCCGAACCUCGAUGCCGUCGACUUCUGUGGCUGCUCCUCCCAAUCCUUCUCCAGGAUCUUCCUCGACGGCCUGACCGCCGACCAGGGUCUCCCCAUGGUUCUGCCAAACCUCAAGCGCGUCUCGCUGCACGAGUGCAGCGGCCUGCCCCCGCGCGCCUUUGAGAUCCUGCUGCCCCGGCUGGUGAACCUGACCCACCUCGACCUCACCCACACGCAGAUCACCGAAGCGGCCCUCUUCUCCAUUCCGGACACCGCCAACAUCACCCAUCUCAGCCUGUCUCGCUGCUCGCGCAUCUCCGGCCCGCGGGUCGUGGAAUUUCUCACCACCCACCCGGCCGUCUGCAACUCUCUGGCCUUCCUCAACCUGAUGACCGACCCCUCCCGCUUCCGGCUGCUCGAAGAAGACGAUGUCAAGGCCCUCCUGCCCAAGCUGCCUACUUCCCUCCGCUCCCUCAACCUGGGCGGCGCACGCGUCAACUCCGACCAUGUGCCCAUGCUCGUCACUCUCACCAAGCACCUGCAGGAACUGGGGCUGAGCGGGGCAGACCUCUCCGUCAAGGAUCUCAAUGCCUUUUUUAUUCCUCCUUCAACGCCCAAGAGCGAUGCACUGGACAGUGAGGCGGGCUUCCCCGAGGCGGGCACUGUUGACACCGAGAAAAAGGAGGAGACCCCCUGGUCUCCACCAACCCUGUGUUACCUUGACCUCAACAAAGUGCCUCAGAUGUCUGUGGGCGCAAUCUUCAACAUGACAGCUUGCGCCCUGCUCUCCCCGCAGAGCUACCCGCUGCAGGUGGUCGAGUUUAGCGACAAGCUGAUCGCUCCGCUGAGAGAGCGCAGCAAGAACGGCCGACCGACCACGGGCUGGACCGUCCGCGAACUCGGCCGCCGAGGAUGGUAUGUCCGUGACCCGGCCACCAUGCCGCCACACCAGCGACUCGACGACGGCGCCCGUUGGUGGAAGAUGGGUGCCCGCUGGUGGGGGAUGCGCAAGAUCCCCGUUGCUGUCGGCGACGUCGGUGGCAUCUACGGACAUUACAUGUUUAAGAAAUAAUUCCCUUCUUGCAGUUUCUGCUGCUCUUUUUUUUUUUUUUUU